UUGAGGUGACAUCUGCCAUGAACUUUUGCCAAUUUGUCAAUGUUUUGUAUUGAUGAUCACUUUGUUGGUGUAACUUAAUAAAUAAAUAAAUAAAUAAAUAAAUAAAUCUCUAAGUAAAAAGGUUGAGAACCACUGACCUAUUUCUAGUUUUUUUUUUAAAUAAAAGAAUUGAAAAGGUGUCCACAACUAAUCUGACUAAAGUUAAUAUCAAACAAGACCAAUAAAUUAGCAGUAAACAAUUUGCCUGAUCGUAAAUUCUGCUAUAAAAUGUGGAAAUUGUGUUUCUACGUAACAUUGUGUAAUGCUGUAAAUUAUUUCGAUCGAAUCGAAGAGAUGUUACGCACAGCGAGGAGAACGUUUGAGCAACCAAAUUAUAACGAAAGCUUCUUUUCUUCUUUGGAAAACUAUGAAGUGAACGCUAAACUGGUUACCGAGGUAGACUACCCUUGGAUAGCGCGCGUAGUCCAUUCCACUAGUGAUGAGCUACCCCACAUAUGCACUGCUGUUUGCAUCGAAGAUAGAAUAUUCAUUACGGCUGCACGAUGCAUAUUUAGUUUGAAACCACAAUACACCCGGAUCAUAUACAAUUCACAUAAUCUGAAACCGAUAGCCUUUGUGAUUCCUCGCAACGGUUCGAAGCAAGCUUUCGACGACAUCGGCUUUAUAACAGUACAAGAUUAUGAAAACGUUAUUUGGAAUGUAAUUCAACCGUUACAAGGAAUAAAUAGAACGGACGAACUGUUUGAUUGGUUUGUUAAUAUAGAACAGUCGUACGGACCUAUCGAGUAUCGGGUUGUCGGAUAUGCAAGUCCAAAGGGCAUCCAUACAAUAAAGACCGUGGAUAGGAUUUACAGUCUCACAGAAUUGGAUGUCGUUUCUAACAUGGACUUGUGUUCGAAUAUUAUGACGUAUUUUGAUAAGAUCAAAGGGUUCAAAGUGCCCUGUUACCAUUCCUGCGAUCUACCAGAAUUCAUAGAGAAAAAUAAAAGGUGUGAAAACUAUCAUGGCGUCGAAGGGGGCGCCGUAUUUGACAAGAAGAAGAAUCAAUUAAUCGGUGUUGCCACAUGGGGAGCGUAUUAUCCUAAAUACGAAUUACCGGUCGGAUACUCUGUGGCGAAUUCGGAUAACUUCUACGCGGACUACAUGUGCGCUAAAAGGAUUAAAAUGGAUAAUGAUAUGUUGGUCACGAACGGACAUUACCAGCACAUUUGUGAUUUUUUCUGAAUCAUUAAAAUGCAUAAAAUACAAUAAA